AUGUUGCGAAAACUUGCACCUACUGGAAUUGGUGGUAUGACAAUUCAUUCAUCUUUAGGUGAACAACGUAAUUCUAGAAAGCCACGAAUCAUCAAACCAGGCGAUUCAAAACUUGAAAAAGAGUGGAGACUGGUCGAAUAUCUGUUGAUCGAUGAAAUAAGUAUGGUUGGUUUACAUUUAUUAGCAAAACUUAAUCGAAUCAUCUGCUCUGCAAAAUAUGUCGAUCCUCAAAUUCCAUUCGGUGGUGUAAGCGUUAUUUUCUUCGGUGACUAUUUGCAAUACCGACCCAUCUACGAUGCACCAUUACAUACUGAUUUUUCUUUACCAUCGAAACAAAAAUCAGGUAAAUUGCUCAAUGAAAAAGAAAUUCAACAACGCGUUGCACGCUCUCUGAUUCUUCAAAUCAACUGCGUUGUAAAACUCACUCAGCAAAUGCGAACGGAAGAUCUUCAAUAUCUUGAACUUCUCGAACGCCUUCGUCAUGGACAAUGUAAUCAUGACAAUUAUGAGUUACUGUUAACACGAGUUGUAGGACAACCAUCAGUAGGCUCUCUAUGUGAUUCACCUUGGAAUAAAGCGCCCAUUCUCGUGUUCCGAAAUGAAGUGCGGACACAAUUGAACAAUAAGGCAGCAAUUCAUAAGGCAGCAGAGAUGGAACAAGCACUUAUAGUAUGUAUUGCUCAAGACAGUUGUAAAGACAAACCAAUAGAAGAUCGAAGAUUAGUUAAAACAUUGUUAGAAUUGUGUGAUAGCAAAACAGAGCAUUUACCUGGUCUUUUGCCUUUGGUUCCUGGAAUGCCCGUUAUUUUAACACAAAAUAUUGCUAUAGAACUGGGUCUUAUUGAUGGAAUGAGUGGAAUCUUUCGACAACUUGUUUAUGAAGAAGAUUCUGUUUCAACAGGCGUUAUUUCAGAAACAUUUUCCAGCAAUACACGAUAUAUCCGUAAACCUUUAUACGCCAUAAUUGAAAUCGUUCGGUCGAAGGUUGAAUGCAACUUCGAACAACUUGGAUCAAAUCUCGUUCCCAUACCAUUAGUGGAACAAACAUUUCGUAUUAAUAUUGCUGAUAUUCUACCAAAAGAUAAGAAACCAAAAUCAAAUCAGAAGACAAUUUUAUCGAUUAAGCGACGUGCAUUACCACUUGUGCCUGCAUAUUCUAUUACAACACAUAAAAGUCAAGGUCAAACUUUGAAUAAUGUUGUAAUUGAUUUAAAACUACCAAAUAGAACUGAUGAUAUUGCCGCAAUCUAUGUACCUUUGUCACGUGUGAAACGUUUGAAUGAUUUAAUUAUUUUAAGACAUUUCGAUUACAAAACUUUAUUAAUGAAACCAAGCAAAUCUCAACUCGUUGAAAUAGAAAGACUAGAUAAACUAUAUAUAGAAACACAACUGCGUUUUGCUCAAUGGUUCUAG